AUGACUAAGCCCAUAUUAUUCGUGAGUGUUAUUUUAGCAGCUGUAGUUUCGAGCAACGCAGGAUAUAUUCAAGAUAUUCUGUCCUCUGUGAACUCUGAGUACGACUUCAUUGUUAUAGGAGCAGGAUCUGCGGGUAGUGUGGUAGCAAACCGACUGUCAGCUAACCCGAAUUGGACAGUUCUAGCUCUUGAAGCUGGUAUAAAUGAAAACUUUUUUAAUGAUAUUCCUGUCACUGCUUGGUUUCAAUCUAAAUACCCCUACGACUGGGGGUUUAAAACCGAAAAAUUGCCAAACGCAUGUCUGAGUACAAUUGAUGGUUAUCACAGUAAUGACGGACCCUUAAACAUAGAGCCUCCUGGCUGGGAGUCUCCAUUGGUGGACUUGUUUAUAAAAGCUGGAGAAGAACUUGGCUACUCUCAUAACGAUCCGGAUGGAAAGCAACAACUGGGUUUUUCUAAAGUUAGAGCUACUGAACGACGUGGAAGAAGAUGCAGCACUGCAACAGCUUUUAUUAAGCCCAUAAUGAAUAGAUCUAAUUUUAAUCUUCAGUCUGGUGCCAGAGUCACCAAAAUUUUAAUCGAUCCCACAACCAAGAAAGCCCACGGAGUGGAAUAUAUAAAAUAUGGGAUUAAACAUACAGUUCAUGCUAAAAAAGAAAUAAUUUUGAGUGCAGGUGCUAUAAUGAGCCCUCAACUUCUUAUGACAUCUGGAGUUGGACCACGAGAGCAUCUGACUGAAAAGGGUAUAACCUGUCUCAAGAACUUAAAAGUUGGAUACAAUUUUCAAGAUCAUGUUGGAGUAGUUCUUCAAGCUCUGUUUGUUAACGAAAGCGUUACUUUCACUGAAGGAGACUUUUUCAAACCUCAGAAUUGGUACCAAUAUCUAGUAAAUGGAAAGGGUGUACUGACAUUACCAGGAGGCUCUGAAGCUCUAGCGUUCGUAAAAUCCAAAUAUGCUCCUCAAGAUCGAGAUUAUCCAGAUCUACAAUUAGUUCUUGGAGCCAUAUCUUUCAACCAACUUACUUUUGCAUUACUUGGAAAUAGUGCCGGAGUCCCAACAAAAUUGUAUAAUCAGGUGUUUGCUCCUCAUGUGGGUACACCAUCAUUCGGAAUCAAUCCAUUCGUUAUGAGCCCUAAAAGUAGAGGAAGAGUAUCUUUAAAAACCAGUAAUCCACUGGAUAAUCCUAAAAUAGAAACUAAUUACUUUAGCGAAAAGGAAGAUACAGACAUACUUGUUGAAGGACUUAAACUUUCAAUGAAAAUAGCACAGUCAGAGCCACUCAAAAGAUAUAAUACAAGACCAAAUACAACACCAUUUCCUGGUUGUGAAGCUAUCACCUUCGGAAGUGACGAAUACUGGAGAUGUGCAAUUCGCCAAGUUGGAGCUUCUGGACAGAACCCCGUAGGUACUUGCAAAAUGGGACCUAGUAGCGACGAAGAUGCUGUUGUUGAUCCGUCACUUAAAGUACAUGGUAUUACUGGUCUACGUGUAGCUGAUGCUUCUAUCAUGCCAAAUAUUAUUGCAGCAAAUACAUUUGCAGCGGUCGUUAUGAUCGGGGAAAAAGCUGCUAAUAUGAUUGCAAAAGACUGGUCAGUGUAA